AUGCCCUUUUUAAAACAGCCCAGGGCUAAAGAGCCUAUCUGGCAUGAAUGGGACAGGAAAGCACAGAAAUGUGGAUUAAGACACACGGUCUAUGCUGUAAAUGGGGAUAAAUACACUGGAGAAUGGCUGAACAACUUGAAACAUGGUAAAGGCAUCCAGGUAUGGAAAAGCAAUGGCGCUAUUUAUAGCGGAGACUGGAAGUUUGGGAAGCGGGAUGGUUAUGGCUCAUACAGCGUUCCUGACCCCGAAACCAAGGAAUACAGGAAGGUGUAUGCAGGCUGGUGGAAAAAUGACAAAAAAUGUGGCUGUGGGAUGAUGUUCUACCCCAGUGGGGAGCGCUACGAGGGCGACUGGAGCAAUGGGCAGCGGAGCGGCUGGGGACGGAUGUACUACCAGGACAGGUCCAUCUACGAGGGACAGUGGCAGUGGGACCAACACAACGGGCAGGGGAUGCUGCGGCUGUCAAAUGAAAAUCGGUAUGAAGGAGGUUGGAAAGAUGGAAAGAAACAUGGCCCAGGGAAAUUCUUCUACUUGGAUAGUGGACAGAUGUUUGAAGGUAUCUGGGCAGCAGAUAUACCAAAAUGUGGAACUAUGAUCGACUUUGGCAGAGAUAGAGCUCCUGCCCCUACCCAGUAUCCAAUUCCAAAGAUUGAACUAGUGGAUCCAGAUGGUGUUUUAGCAGAGGCCCAGGCGAUGUUUGCUGACAGCCAAAGUGAAUAA